UCAACGCGAUCCCUGUCGAGGCUGACGACACGAAAGAAAUGCUGCUUGAGAGGCGUGGGCUGCAGUUUGCUGCCAAUAACCUCUUCCCCAGCUCCCGCUUUGUUGGACCAGGCUUUUCACACACCAUGUGUUCCCUGGCCUGGCAUUCUCGGCUGGUAGUGGUCAGAUUUUCAGCGGUGGCGGUUCAUUCGGCUUGGGUAGUUUUGGCGGGAUUGUAUCGUGCAGUGGUACUGCUCCUGGUAUGCCUUGUCCUGCCCCAGCCCCAGCUCCAGUUCCUGCCUCAGCCUCAGCCUCAGCCUCAGCCUCAGCCUCAGCCUCAGCCAGCCCUGAGCCCCAACCUGCCCGGCACCCGCUCCUCACCAUGUGACCAGGGCCAGGCUCAGGGUCAGGGAUGCCAGUUCCUGCACCACAGCCUGCUCCUGACCUCAGCCCGCUCCCCAGCCUGCACCGCAGCCUUGCGACCAGUCUCAGGGCCAGGAUGCUCUUAUGCAAGCACCAGCUACGUUCAACUUCAGCAACAGCCAGAACAGCAACCUGCAGAAUAUCCGGUACCGCGAGAACACUCUGUUACGAACAACGAGGAGCUAGUGCUAGGAACAUCCAAGCAGGUGCAAACACGAAUCUGAACUACAUGGGUCCGGCUGAGGCCAUUGUUGGCCAGUUAUACGCUUUUGCGAUGCGAAUGCCUCAUGCUAUGCGGCUGGAAAUUAACGACAGCCCGAAUCUUAGGCAGAUAAAUAGCCACUUUGGUUUUACGCAAUAGGA